UUCCCUGUCACUGGGCAGCGUUCGCCAUGAUUCCCACCUUGAUGCUGUUGAUGUUCUUCCCGGUCCUGCAGAGGUCGAUGCCUCGCUGUUCGCCCGCCGUGUUGUACAGAGACUGUUGGCUGAGCCAUUUACCUGGUGUUCUAGUUGACCUACCGCUGUCCAGGAGCAGGGGUGCUCAGUUGCUCAACGACUACCGCGCCCAGAGCGCCGGACACUGCACAAGGACCUGUUGCCGGCUUCCGAACGACACCUGUAACGUGGCUGUGUUCAGCUCAGUCCCCGCUCGGGGCGCCUCCAACUGCCUCCACCUCCACUGCCCAAGUCAGCAAAGCUGCAUCAUGAGGAGAACGCUUGACUUUACACUGUUUAACGUGACCAGAGGAGAGGACGCAGACUCGCUUGUGUUUGGAGGCCGGCCUGACAAAGCAGGAGGACCCGGGCCGAGACUCCCCGCCGGCGUGCCACACUCUGUGGACAAGCCGCGCUCCUACCACAGGUAUGUUGUCCCACCUUCACCCCAAUCAACUCUCUCCACCUCCAACUGGGUCAGGACCGGCUCGCUCGCACUCGCAGUGAGGACCCCGCUCCCAUCUCCAGCCAAGCCGGCGCCCGUCACCGGCUCUGUGGACAUUGGCAGAGGGGCAAGCAGUAGCUCAGGUCGACCAGCAAGUGAGCUGGACCCGGAGGUUGGGACAACCCGGGAAGAUUCGGCUCAUCUCAAGUCGACUGUCGCUACACUCGCUUUGGGAGAAGCCAGCAGCUCUGGAGGGGCCGCGGGCAGGAACCAGACCGCCAUGGCAUCGUGGCAUGUGGACCUGAAGGUGCUUCUGGUGCCGCUACUCAUGCUGAGUGUGAUGGUCGUGGCUUCCGUGUGCGCUGUGGUUUGGGGGGUUACACGUUGCAAGAAAAAGCGAGGCUCUUAUAAACCUCACCAGCUUCGCGCUGCUGGGAAAUACAAACAUAGAAACAGAUAUUUCAAAUAGGGUGACUUGAC